CUAGUCUUAACUACUUCGAAACGGGCGUGCACACAGCGAUUAUCAAAUCCACAAACCGUGGCGCAUUCGUGUCCUGUGUGUCUCAAAGCAUCGUCACUCCACUGGCGCCUUGCUUUUCUCGCACAAACGGCGAUGGUCUAGAAACGGAAGGGAACGAUCCAAGUCUUAUAUGAGAGGUCCUCGUCCUGUCCUUUACUCGUUGUGGAGCACACUUUACCCUGCCGUGUAACUGGCCGAAGUCGACGCGGAGGCACUUGCAAGAGAGCGAAUGUUCAGAGGUUACGACGACACAGGAUUUAAUUUAUGGACUAAUUGCGGGACUCUUAGAAAAAUACAAGGGCCAGCACCUCUGUGUAAAUACAAGGAUAAACGUAUAUUUUUUGGUGCAUCUUACGACUGUGGUUUUAGUAUUCGAAGCCUUCAAAUACGCGCCCAAACUGAGUACAACCUUGGAGAAAUGGUAUUAAAAACUCUCGGAAGCUAGAAGCGACCUACAAGCGGGAUCCGUCCCAGAUAUUGGAAUAAAAUAACUACGUUUUUAAUUAAGUUGAUGAAGAGGAAAAAAACAUAGACCUCGCAAAUAAAUCCCGAUUAUACAUCUCACAUUCAAGGGAAAAAUCAUUCCAUUCACAAGCAAAUGGAUGAGAGUCAUAUUUGCCCUUGGCAACUGAAGAUGACGUUACCAUGGAAACGGCUGGUGCUGCUAUCAAUCAUAAGCUGCCUCGCAGCUUAUGCAGAGGACACCAUCUUUCAUGGACCGAGCUGGAGAACGGAGCCCAGUGACCUGAUUCUACCCAUCCGCUCCUCCAGUCAGGAGUCUGCUCUGCAGUGCGAGGCGUCUGGUGUCCCUCCUCCCCAGUACAGAUGGUCUCUAAAUGGGACACUCAUUGAUCUCCGUGCUGAUGCGAGGCGUCGUGUAUCUGGAGGGAAUCUGAUCAUUAAGGGGCUGGACCGGGACCAGGACACCGGCAUCUACCAGUGCUCUGCUUCCAACACCCGUGGAACCAUUCUAAGCCGGAGAGCCAGUCUGCAGUUUGCCUAUCUAGAAAAUUUCAAAACCCAGACAAGAAGUGCUGUGAAUGUGCGGGAAGGCCAAGGUGUUGUUCUGUUGUGUGGAACCCCUAUGCAUUCUGGAGAGCUCACCUUCGCCUGGGUCUUCAAUGAGUACCCUUACUUUGUUCAGCAAGACAGCAGACGCUUUGUGUCCCAGGAGACAGGGAACCUAUACAUUGCCAAGGUGGAGCCAUCGGACGUGGGUAACUACACGUGUGUUGUGAACAACAGUAUCACCAAGGAGAAAGUGCUUAGUUCUCCCACACCUCUUGUGCUGAGAAAUGAUGGAGCAAUGGGAGAGUAUGAGCCCAAAAUAGAAGUUCAUUUCCCUGACACUGUACCUGCUGCUAAAGGAUCUUCUCUGAAACUGGAAUGCUUUGCCUUGGGGAAUCCAGUACCUAAGAUCAGCUGGAGAAGGACCAACGACGUUCCGUUCCCCAGUAAAGUCAAGCUGAGGAACUCCAAUGCCAUUUUGGAGAUCCCACGGUUUCAGCAGGAAGACACUGGGAUGUACGAGUGUGUGGCGGAGAACAACCGAGGGAAGAAUGCGGUGCGAGGCCGCCUGUCUUUCCAUGCCAAACCUCAUUGGCUACAGACAAUGACAAACAUGGCCUUGUCCAUCGAGGAGAACCUAUUUUGGGAGUGCAAAGCCAAUGGGAAGCCUAAGCCCUCCUACAGCUGGCUGAAGGAUGGAGAAACACUCAUGUCUGAGGGCCGGGUGUUAAUAGAGAAUGGUGCCCUCACCAUCUCCUCGCUGACUGUCUCAGAUGGGGGGAUGUAUCAGUGCGUGGCAGAGAACAAGCACGGGAUCAUUUAUGCCACCGCUGAGCUGAUGGUGCUAGCCUCACCACCCGACUUCUCUCAGAGCCCUUUGAGGAGCACACUGAAGGCUCGCGCCGGUAGCGAGGUGAACCUGGAGUGCCGGCCAAACGCCUCGCCCAGAGCCAUCAGUGUGUGGAAGCGAGGGAGCGAGGUUCUCCACAAGGACGAACGGUUCUCGCUCUUCCCUAAUGGAACGCUAAGGAUUGCCAACGUGACUAAGCGAGACGGGGGCAUUUACACGUGCAUCGCCAAAAACCAAUUUGGCAGUGCAAGCAUGGCAGGCCGGCUGCUGAUCACAGAGCCAACCCGAAUCACGCAGGGCCCUGGCAGUCUGGAGAUCAUCGUGGGCGAGAGCAUCGUGCUACCCUGCCAGGUGGCCUCUGAUCCAGCCCUUGACGUGACCUUCUCCUGGGCCUUCAACGGCCAGCCCAUUGACUUCCACCAGGACUUGGACCACUUCGAAAGGGUCGGCGGGAGACUUGCUGGGGACCUUAUGAUUCGAAAUAUCCAGCUCAACCAUGGUGGGAAGUAUGUCUGUAUUAUUGAUACAGAUGUAGAGAGCUUGUCUGUGGAUGCAGUCGUGAUUGUUAAAGGGCCCCCAGGGCCCCCAGACACAGUGCUGGUGGAGGAGAUCACUGACAGCACGGCCCAGCUCACCUGGAGCCCUGGAAGGGACAACGGCAGCCCCAUCACCGGCUACAUCAUCCAGGCCAGGACACCCUUCACCGUGGGCUGGCAGGCGGCAGACACGGUCCCUGAGGUCAUCAAUGGCAACACUCUGACUGCUACGGUGGUGGACCUGAACGCCUGGGUGGAGUAUGAGUUCAGAGUGGUGGCCAGCAACAGCGUGGGAAUGGGCGAGCCAAGCCCACCAUCAGCUAGUACCACGACAGAGGAUGCUGUUCCCGACACUGCUCCCACUGACGUCGGGGGAGGCGGAGGCACCAAGUCGGAAUUAGUGAUAACGUGGGAGCCUGUCCCAGAGGAGCUGCAGAACGGCGAGGGGUUCGGCUACAUCAUCGCCUUCCGCCCCGUGGGCACGGUCACCUGGACCCGAGCCGUGAUAUCUGCUUCCGGUGUCGCCCGAUACGUGUUUCGGAACGACACCCUCCCGCCCUUCGCACCGUUCGACGUCAAAGUUGGCGCAUUUAAUAAACGGGGAGAGGGACCCUUCAGCUCCAUUGCAACUGUGUUCUCAGCAGAAGAAGUGCCGAGUGUCGCUCCUGAGAGAGUUAUGGCCAGGAGUCUGUCAGCCUUCGAUGUUGAAGUGAACUGGGCAGCUGUUCGCUCUGGUCCCGAGAGAGUGCUUGGCUACGAGGUGGUGUACUGGGAAGAUGACACCAAGCCAGACACCGUAGGCAAAGUGAGAGUCAGUGGAAACACCACUGCAGUCAACAUCAGUGGGCUCCAGGGGAACACGCUGUACAGUCUGGCCGUGUGCACCUUCAACACUGCUGGGACUGGCCCACAGUCUAUGCCUGUGAAUGCAACAACCAAGAAACCACCUCCAGGGCAGCCUCCCCAGAAUGUGGAAUGGAGUCUCAUAGGCUCCCAGCUUACCCUGCAGUGGGAUCCGGUCAUUGCCCUGGACACAGAGUCUGAGGUCACUGGCUAUGUAGUGGUGUACCGUCGCCACCGCCACAGCGGCACAUACACCGUUCCUACUGACAAAACGACGGCCGAGCUGACCCUGUCUCCCGAUGACAACUACGUCAUCCAGAUCAAGAGUGUCAGCGAAGGUGGACUGGGAGAAGGGAGCGAGCCCAUCCACAUUCACCAGCUCAGCAUGGGUGCACGAGGCUCUGAGGCGGUAAGACCACGCACCCUCUUCUUGCCUUCUCUUGUCAUCGCAGCACUCGCUACUCUAAAUGCCUCCUGAGGGCUCUCCGCUGUGAGCACACCCCCCAGCCCCUUCCCCUUCCAGCCCGGGACACGCCACUGCUGCCUGUCCCCCUCUCUCACAUGCUCACAUGCACACGUGCGCAGCAAACGACCGCACUCUUAAUUUACCUGUAUUCAUCGCUACCCAUCUCUGUCUGGCUUGAUGGGAUUGCCCCAGUGCGUGUGGCAGUGACUCUCUAGGAUAUUGGAGUGUCAAACAGAUACAUGAAAGGACUCAUUGUGAUGGAAACAUGAAGGAACUGUGUGGAAGAGUGAUUACUAUGGCUGGAAAGAUUACUGAAUUGGUAUGGAUGAUCAUCAAGGAGAUGACCUAUUUCUGCUGUAUGGAACUGUAUCCACGAAAGGACUCUCUUCACUCUCGAGUUUUUCUUAUUUGCUUCUUAAGAACUACACCUCCUUCUCUGGAGUCCAUGUGUUGGCUUCCUUCCUGUUUUGUAUCUAGUUCCUGACAAUAGCCAAUGCCUUAAAUCCAUUUAUGUACCAAAGUGGACAACAACAAUUGAUGAAAAUACAAGUGUUAUUUUUUCUGGUCUUGAAAUGACUCCACCUAGUUGCCAGGUUUUAGGGUCGCCUCUGGUUAUUUUCUGUUACGAGUGCUUUCUUUAUCUUAUUCAGUCAUGUUCUCCCCUGCAGUUCAUUCUGAAUAUAGCUGUUUUUAAAUUAG